AUGCAAUCUCUAUUUGUAAAGUGUUAGAAAUGUCAGCAACGACCAGCCACUAUCAAAUGUUCUUAAUGUCGUUACGGCCAAACUUACAGACUAUGUUAUUCCUGUGAUUCGUAAAUUCACAAUCGCACAGGUCCAAUCGACUAAUAACACAAAACAGAAAUCAUACCCUAUCAAGAAAUGUAUCAAAAGAAUCAGAAUUUUGCACCAGCUCCCUCUAAACUCGAACAAUCAAAUUAAAUUAAAAAGAAUGAAUUUAAAGCCCAACCGCCAACAAAGGAUUAUUUGUCAAGCGAAACAAGAAAACCUGAUUAUUCUAAAACUAUUGAUGUUACACUCAAUUCGAAAAUGCAUUCUAUUCCAUAAAUGAGAUUUCUUAAGCAAAACCAAAAAUUGAAUAUAAAUUGA